CGCAGGGGAAAGGAGAAGUCCGCCUGUCAUGAUGCAGAACGCGGCUCCGCGCUGUGCUUCACCGUCGAACUCGUAAAGGGCUCCGUUUAAACUCGGGGGUGGUGGGGGGGGACCGAACCGGGCGGAUCCACGAGCCGCCGAGUCAUCAGCGAGGAAGACUUCGGAUGAAGACAUGAAGUAAAAAGAAGAAGAAGAAAAAAAAUAGAAAAGAGAAGAAACGGCGGCUCCGGUUCACCUUUUUUGUUCCAAGUUCUUCUUCUUCUUCUUCUUCUCUCGUCGCCGCCCGUACCUGCGGCGCGCGCGCGGGGCUGGCUAAGAUGGCCUUCUUCGUGAAAAAGAAGAAAUUCAAGUUCCAGACGCAGCUGACUCUGGAGGAGCUGACGGCCGUGCCCUUCGUCAACGGGGUGCUAUUCUGCAAACUGCGGCUGCUGGACGGGGACUUCGUCGCGACUUCUUCGAGAGAGGAAGUUCAGGAAAACUGUGUUCGCUGGAGGAAGAGGUUUACUUUUGUGUGUAAAAUGAGCGCUAACCCGCACACCGGUGUGCUGGACCCCUCCAUCUGCAGGGUGUCUGUCAGGAAGGAACUGAAAGGAGGAAAGGCUUACAUGAAGUUGGGCUUCACCGACCUCAACAUGGCGGAGUUUGCUGGCUCGGGCUCCACCGUGCGCUGCUGUCUGCUGGAGGGAUAUGACACGAAAAACACCAGGCAGGACAACUCCAUCCUGAAGGUGAUCAUCGGCAUGACCCUCCUGUCUGGCGACCCCUGUUUUAAAACUCCCCCAAGCACAGCCAAGUCCAUCUCCAUCCCGGGCCGAGAGCACACCCUUCAGCUGGACUGCAAGGGCGAGGGAACGGCCGAUCCCGGGCCUGCGGGGGGCGUCGCUCUGGGCAGAGCCGCCAAGCCCAGAUCCUCCGCCAACGGCUCAGGUCUUCCAGAAGAAUCUGAGUUGAACGCGUCUUGUCCAGGCGACUUCUUCCAGUCCGGUCACUCUCGUAACUCCAGCUACGCCAGUCAGCACAGCAGAAUCUCAGGCUACAGCACCGAGCACUCCUGUUCAUCCAGUCUGUCUGACCUGACGCACCGCCGGAACACCUCCACAGGGAGCAGCGCCUCCGGGGGUCUGGGCGGAACCGUGGACCUGCCCGCAGAGGGCGAGAAGGAUGCCGGUCGCCCGGAGAGACCCCCGCGACCCCCACGGCCCGUCUUACCCCCUAACCGGCCCUCAAGGAGAAAGCAGGAUUCGGUGGAGAGCCAGCCCACGUGGGUGAACGACACUCGCAUGGACGCCGACGACAUCGUGGAGAAGAUUGUCCAGAGCCAGAACUUUGCCGACAUCAACAACACUGAAGACAGUAACCUCCGCCUGUUCGUCAGCAGAGACGGGACCACUGCGCUUAGUGGGAUAAGACUUGGAAACAGGGUGUCUGCUGGCGGCUAUGAGCCGGUAGUGAUCGAGAGCCACUAGCUGCCCGCAGACCGGCCGCUGUCUUCCUGCAUCUCCGGGGUUUUCCUGGAGUAUCAGUGGACCUGAUGCUGUGAGAGGAGAACUUAACCCCGGCUGCCACCACCAACGUUUACCGUCCGGUUGCUCGUAGCCCCCCGUGUCACACCUUGCACUUUAUGUCCAGACGUGUCGUCGCAUGUUUCCUGUGCUCCACUUAGCCGUGCCGUUGGUGUUUAGGGUCACGUAUGAGCGGGUCUUCCCCCCCCCCCCCCCCAUCCUCACACUGCCAUAUGUUUACGCUUUUUUUAUACCCUGCUACACUCGGGCAAACGUCAGCCAUUUCUAUUAUUCUUUUUUAUGGGUUUUAUACCAUCAAAUACACGUCUGUGUUGGAUGGUGCGAUGGGCCGUCAACCUCCAUAAAGUAGCUGAAAAUGCGGGAAGUACUAUAAUCAAGGUUACUCUUGACUCUUCCUCUUCAUAUUUGCAGGACCUCACAGCUUCUGUAGAGGCGGUGGAACUUACUGGGUCAGCAGGACAGGUCGGUCCAGAUCUCUGCCUUACAAACCCCCCCCGUCCUGGUCCACUUUCCAAUUCCUGCUUCUCCGGAUUUGCUUUUAGUAGUUAGCGAGAUAGACAACUCUGCAGCCACACGUUUUUCCUGCCGGUGUUCUGGUUGCUGUCAAACUGUCGUGACGAGUUGUCCUUUACCUGUGGACACACUUAGUCGGCGUUGCCUUUGUGUCGCUGUGCAUCCGGGUGCAGACGUGGACACGCGAGUCGUGGUUAACAACUCACCGGGUGAUGUUUUUGACUUUCAUGAUAGAACAUGACUUCUGCGUUCAUGGUUCCGGGUUCAACUCUGAUGAAAGACAUCCAUUUCACAGUGAUUAGAACCACAUUCACUUUUGUCGCAGUACAAACUAAACACAAUGCGUGCAACGUCUGCUUACCAGCAGGGCGAAAGCGUCCUCGCAUCGGCGAUACCUAAACACAUCGGAUAACCACGCGUCUCUCGAGGGGUUCGACCACUGCGACACAAUGUGCAGAGAUGUGAGAACCGUGCCUUUUUUCGUUCACGUGUGUGGACCGAUCCCGUUGACCGGGGAGGUCCAGUUUAGCCACAGUGCCUCUAAAAGCGGCGGUGUCGAACGCUGUGCCAGCACGAGUGCGCAGAUAUUUGCUCCCCCCUGAACGCUGCACCAGAAGAUGGUAGUGAUUAAUUCUGCUCUCUCUGUAAGAUGUGCUAACUGGAGAAUUGAGUCGCCGCGGCGUUUGGUUGGAAAGAGCCACGGCCCCUCCGUAGCACAGGGUUACAGACCACAGCUGUAAAGUGGGAGUUUCUCUUAAAUGACCCCGGAGCUUUAGGUUGACUGAUUUGUUAGUGCUGGCAGUGGUGAAGAGAUGCUUUUCGUUUGUUGUGUCACGUUGUAACGCACGUGUUCCUUUAGUUUUUUCCAGAGCUCACACUUGUUUUCUUGCUUUCUGAAUUAUUGCUGCACCUUAGGCUUCAUCCCCAAGAGAAACUGUUUUUUUGGGGGGGGGGGGGGGGAUCCAGUUUCGCUCUUUUUAAGCUAGUUAAAUUACAAGGGACGUUGUUGUAACCUGUAGUUUGAAAACCGCUACUCUUGGUUCUGUUAUGGAACAUUCCACACAGAAAUGUCGUUGGCCCACAGCUUUGGUCUGCUGUUGGCUUCGGGCGAUUGGCCCUUGAUUGUUUACUAGAGCAGUGACUCUCGAAGUGGGCGUAGCGAGCGGGUUUGCAAAAUCAUUUGCUAUAAACUAUAAAAUUGUGCCGUAUCAUUAAAAAGUGCUAGCCUGGGAACCAGACGAGCCUGCAAGCUCAUGUUUUACAUUUCCUCUGGCACACACGUCUGGUCACC